AUAGCAAGAUGGCCGCUGCUGAAGAGCACUGUGGGGCUGGGGCCGACGCGGAUCGGGAAUUGGAAGAGCUUCUGGAAAGUGCUCUUGAUGAUUUCGAUAAGGCCAAACCCUCCCCAGCACCCCCUCCUACCACCAUGGCCCCUGAUGCUUCAGGGCCCCAGAAGAGAUCGCCAGGAGACACUGCCAAAGAUGCCCUCUUCGCCUCCCAAGAGAAGUUUUUCCAAGAACUGUUCGACAGCGAGCUUGCUUCCCAAGCCACUGCGGAGUUCGAGAAGGCCAUGAAGGAGCUGGCAGAGGAAGAGCCCCACCUGGUGGAGCAGUUCCAAAAGCUCUCUGAGGCUGCGGGGAGAGUGGGCAGUGAUGCAACCUCCCAACAAGAAUUUACGUCUUGCCUGAAGGAGACACUAAGUGGACUCGCCAAAAAUGCCACUGAUCUUCAGAACUCAGGCAUGUCAGAGGAGGAGCUGACCAAGGCCAUGGAAGGGCUGGGCAUGGAAGAAGGGGACGGCGAAGGGAACAUCCUCCCCAUCAUGCAGAGCAUCAUGCAGAACCUACUGUCCAAGGACGUGCUGUACCCGUCACUGAAGGAGAUCACAGAAAAGUAUCCAGAAUGGCUGCAGACUCACCGGGAGUCUCUUCCUCCAGAGCAGUUUGAAAAAUAUCAGGAACAGCAUAGUGUCAUGGGCAAGAUAUGUGAGCAGUUUGAGGCGGAGACCCCCGCUGACAGCGAGGCCACUCAGAAGGCUCGUUUUGAGGUGGUGCUGGAUCUCAUGCAGCAGCUACAGGAUUUGGGCCAUCCUCCCAAAGAGCUGGCGGGGGAGAUGCCUCCUGGCCUCAACUUUGACCUGGAUGCCCUCAAUCUAUCGGGCCCACCAGGUGCCAAUGGCGAACAGUGUCUGAUCAUGUGAAACACAGCACGUGUUUGUCGCUGAUCCCAGCCGUGAGGAACACCUGGAGUCAGCAGAGCCACUGGGAGCUGGGGCAGCAGUAUCGUCUGCGGGAGCAGUCUGCGCGCCGCCCUCCGCCCUCCCAGCUGAGAUCGUGCCAUACCAGCUGACGCUUUUACUCUGUCUUUCUAGUAAUAAGGACUCUCGGGCAGGCCCGGUCUGUGAGCCCCUUCCAUCGUGGUUUCGACUGCUGGCAAAGGUCCAGCUACCUACCAGCUGAAGGAAAGCGUCCCUUUGGGGGCAUGCACUUCCUCCCCCUCCCAAAUAAUGUUAUAUAUGGCCACACUGAUGUUCACUUUUAUAUUCUGGGUCUUCGUGCCUUGUCUCUACUCCCUCUCUCGGACGUGGGGAGCAGAGACAGAGUCCUGGGACUCCGUAUUUCUCUGGUUUUUUGGGCAGGGCCUUUGGGAAUGAAUGGGGAGACAUUUGGCCCGGGCUCUGGGGCUGCAGGUCUGUCACCAGGUCCUCUUGCCUUCAGACAGACCGUUGGGAAUUCUAUGGACGAAAAGGAAGUAGGGGUUUUUGCAUCUGAUCACAGUAGGGCUGAAAGAGAAGCCCUGGGAUUCUCCUCUCACCGGGUCUGAGCCUCCAGGUCCCUGUCGUAGCUUGAGAGCUCAAGUCACCACCUUGGGUCUUUGUAUGAUGCUGUGUGAUCUGGGUGAACCCAGCCCUUGACCUUCCUGUGCCGCCUGCCUCUCCUUCUCUUCUCUCUCUUUAAAUACCUGUUUAUUGCAGCCCUUCUCUGCACCCAAGCUGUUGUAAGGAAGGGCCAUCCUGUUUCCCCUCAUCUGGGCCAUCCGUGACUCUGAUUGGCCCCCUCCCUGGAAAACAUACAUAAUUACAGUGUCAGGUCUAGGAAAUGAAAGACUGUUCUUCCCCAGACGUGUUCUGGCUUACUCGAGACCUCUGAUUUCUCUGAAUCCUGUCCCUUGACUAAGCAGGUGACCUGGGACCGGGCAUGGGGUGCAGCUUCGGUCCUUUCUCUUGACUAAUAAAUAAUCUGAUUGAGGA